UUUCAUUGUGCCACUAUCAUCGUCGCGGGUGCCCGCUGGGCAGCGCGCCCUCUUUCGCCUCUCUUCCAGUCUAUGAUACCCAUGGCUGCCGUUGCGCAGGGCCCGAGCGAGCGCGACGGCGCGUACUACCAGGAUACGCCCUUCGAACCAGACCAGACAUGGAAGAACCAGCUCCGCAGGCGAAUUUCCGAAGGGUUGCAGCGUCUCGUCGACGGAGCGAGAAAAGAAAAAGAUGCACACUAUAUCAUUAACCCCACUAACGACUACGAGCAUGCCAAGAACGACAACGUGAAACACACCUACGAAGUCAAGAUGACUCGCAUCCGCCGAAUGGCUCAAGAUCAGUUCGAGGCGGAAAUGCAGCACGAGCGACAAGUACGUCGCCUGGCUGCCGGUGUCCCGCUCGACGAAGGAUGGACCGAGACCCUCUUGCGCGAGCAACAAGGCCUAUGGAACGCUAGUCAGAAGACGAACAGGAGCCAGGAUCGCGCGCCCUCGCGGCUUGCCUCUGGAGGGAGCACUAACGCCGCCGCCGGACCAUCGCGCGUCGGCCUCGACGGAUACAUCGCUGGCGAUGGUCUUUCCUCUGUGAGGUACGACUCUGCCUCCGGCUUCGACGACACGGGCCGAUACUCGCGAUGGAUGCGGGGCAUGCCCCCGGCGCAGCCUCAGCCUGAAUGGCCCUCGCGGCGUGAUGGUGAACAGCCGCGCGGCGACGCAGAUCCUCUGCAGACGGCGCUAGAGCGGUGGAUGCCACGGGUGGAUGAGCCGACCGGCCCACCGCUCAACGCGCCGAAGAAUCCCUCGAAGCUCGGUCGCGUGCACUUCCCCAGUGACCCGGAGAAAGCCCCUGGGACACCGCGCCGUGCUGGUAAGCAAAUCGCAACCGCCAACGAGAACGACGUGCCAGGCCCGGACGAUCUGCGGUCUUUCUUAGCUAGUGCAGAGAUGCAGUUGGCGAUGGGUGGCGACGCACAGCGGACAGCGCAGUUCGUUCCUCAGAUCCCGGUCCAAUUUGCAAACGCCCCGCACCUAUACGAUCGGGCACAAUCCGUCACGCCGCGGCCGAUCCAACAGCCGGUCUCGCGCAUGGCGUCGAAGCUCGGCGACGAGAUCGAGGGCGCCUCCCAGGCUCUGUCCGCGGCACAGGAGACGACGCGCACUGAAAGCUACCUGUUCGCGAUCAUGCAAACGACGAGCCGUGCGCCCGUCUCGACAUCCGGUGCGCCCGCGGCGAGCGACACGACCUUCAACAUGCAAGUCGUCGACCCGCGCACGUUCACCAUGGACGACGACGCACGCAGCAUGCAGAGUCCGUACCAGCCUGCGUUCGCCCUGCCCGACUUCCGCCCGCCGCCCCCGGUGUCGACCCAGACCUCGACGAGCAGCCAGUCUUCCAUGCAGUCCGCGAGCCAGUCAUCUCUCCAGUCGUUGUGGCAGUCUGCCGGGAGCCGUUCGGAGUCUGAGCAGAAGUCACCAAGGUCGGACGAGAUGGUCGUCGUAGCGUCCGACGAGGGCGACAGCGACUGGGAGGCCUCCGGUUUCGACAAGGACGAGCUCGAGAAAAUGAUCGAGGCUGAGAUGAGUACUCUCGGUAGCGACAGCGCCACGAUUGUUCCGGAGAUGCCCGAUUCUGUCGUGCCUCCCGUCGAGGACAAGUCGGCGGCAGACGACUCAUCGAUGCCGGGAGCGUUGCCCGAGGAACCCGAAGAAAUCAAGACGAAGGCGAAGGGCGGAAAGGCGAAGAAAAAAGAGGAGGCCAGGCGCAAGGAGUUAGAGGCCAAGCGGAAGGAGGAGGAAGUGAAGCGUAAGGCAGAGGAGACCAAACGCAAGGAGGAGGAAGCGAAGCGCAGGGAGGAAGAGGCCAAGCGCAGGGCAGAGGAGAUCAAGCGGCGGGAGGAGGAGGCCAGACGCAAGAAGGAAGCUGAGACGGCGAAGGUUAAGCCUACCACUGCGCAGGCGCGUCGGGCAGCAGCUGCGGAGGAGAAGAAGAAGGCCGAUACGCUUCGCAGGUUCGAGGAUGAGCAAAGGCAACUGGAGGAGGCCACUCGGGCCGAGGAGGCGCUGCGCGCUGAAGAGGAGCGACAUAGGGAGGAGGAGCAGAGGAGGCGGGACGCAGAGGCGCUCGCGGAGCGACUCGGUAAGGAGAAGCUGGAGGCGUUCAUCAAGCAACAAGAGGCUCGCAACAAGGCAGAGCUGCUGCGCAAGCCUGAAGACAAGCAACGCGCGUUCGAGGAGGCAAGGCGAGCGGAGGCCGCGCGCCUGCAAGAGCUUGAAGAGAAACGUCUGGAGGAAGAGAAGCGCAAACGGGAGGCGGAUGCCCUUGCCGAGAAGAUUGGGAGAGAGCGGUUGGAGAUGUUCAGGAAGCAGCAAGAGGAUGCCAGGCGACGGCUGGAGGGUCGCCAACGGACCGACAGCCUCAGUCGCACUCCUCCGGACACGCCGAAGCCGUCGAUCCCUGUUUCGAAAGACCCCAAGGAGCCCUCGAAGAAGGCAUCCGAGCCUCAGAUCAGGAAACGCACCGUGACCUUCGCCGAGGAAGAUCCCCAAGAUCGUGAAGUUAGGUUGUUCGCGCUCGAGGAUCAGCUGCGACGUCGUGAACAGGAGGUCCGGCGGCGUGAGGAAGAGAUCGCGCGCAAGCAGCAGGAGGAAGAGGCGCGUUGGCAGGAGGAAGACAGGAAGCGGAAGCCAGGUGCGCCGCGAACCAAGGCCGAUGAGCUGCGCGACAAGGAGAGGCAGUUGCGCAGACAGGCGGAGGACAACCAGAAGAAGGAGCAGGAACUCCGCAAGCGCGAGGAAGCGCUGAACCGCCGUGCGGAAGAGCUCCUUGCGAAAAUGAAGGCUCAACAAGAGGAGUUCCGUAGGGACUGUCUCCUUAUGGGCAUGACCUUGACGAAGUGAUACCGUUGCAUCAUACCCCAAUCGACCGUUAUCCCUGACCACCCCAUCUAGAAGUUCGCCUAUUUAUCCUGAUUUUUCGUCGUUUCUUGACUCCCUUUCUUGCCCAUCAUCUCCGCAUACCGGGCUACACUACCACAGACAUUAAUUCUCUCAAGGCGACGACUGACUGUUACGAUCUCCAUCUCCCUCUCCGUCUAUCCCACUGUAGCGUACACUUUCCUUCCUCUCUCCUCUCGUCUCUCAUCUCUCACCUCUCGUCUUGCGACGGCUGCAUCGUUGUAUACUGCUGUGCUCGCUUGUUAUCGCUGUGUUAGGCUUCCGUUCGUAAUAGUUCGCUAGUACUCGAUGUGGAUAGACUGCUGUUGAUACUGGACUUUGAUCGCUUAUGACCAUCUAUUUAAGACAAUU